AGAUUUUUAUUUAUUUAAUCCAUUUUAGAAUAAGGCUGUAACGUAACAAAAUGUGGAAAAAGUCAAGGGGUCUGAAUACUUUCGGGAAAGGCACUGUAUAUUUUGAUGACAAAGCAGUUUUUGGCAUCCCUACUCACCAGUCCUGUUACAAUUCCUGUCCUAUUAUGCAUAGUCACUUUUCCCAGUCUAAAGAAUAUCACUUGGGCAAGGCACACACACACAAACACAGACACACACACGUCUUGCCUCUCUAUCAAAAACCUAAUCUUGUGAUAAAAUGGAUCCUCCUCCUAUAGCACCAUCGGUAAUAGACACCAUCUCUCCUCCAGGCUCUCUCUUGAUAACUAUUUCAGCUCAGCUGGAGAAACUUGUUACCAGCAAAGGACUUUUUGUAAUACGUAAUGUAGGAUUCUAUCAAUCUCUCUCAAAUUCAACCCCCCCUGUCUCUCUCUAGGUGCAAAGUUGAUGGUUGCUCCAAGGUGGCCAAUUCCAAAGGAGCAGUCCUUUGACAGUGCAGUCGUUAUAGGCAUCAACCUGGGUGGAGGUUUCCAUGGAGCACCAGGGGUAGAGAUGUCCUCUAACCCCAGCCUCCCUACUCCUAGCCCCAGACAACCUCCAGCCUUCCAGUGGCUGCCCCACCCAGCCACCCCAACCUCUGGGGACCAGCAGGCCGAGAGCACCGGGCAACCCCUCACCAAACGCCACAGGAAGCUGCUGUUAAAGAGCGGGCCUGUAACCCCUAGUGGUGCCCGCUCUGGUGAAGAGGACAGUCGGCUACAGGGCCUGGCGCAAACCCAGGCGUCCCGUCGCCGCCUGCUCAGGGAGGUCUGCGCCAAAUACCAGCCGGGUGUCACCGAGCGCCCUGUGUCCCGCCGGCAGGUGUCCCGCGUCUACGUGGAGGACAGGUCAGGCCUGCUGUACUGUGAGGUGCCCAAAGCCGGCUGCUCCAACUGGAAACGGGUGCUGAUGGUCCUGGGCGGCAGCGCCACCUCCACGCACAUCAUCGCCCACGACGACGCCCACUACGCCAACCAGCUCCGCCGACUGGACGCCUUCGACCAGGCGGGCGUGGCCGAGCGCCUCCGUUCCUACACCAAGGUCCUCUUUGUACGGGAGCCCUUCGAGAGGCUGGUUUCGGCCUUCCGCGACAAGUUCGAGAGCCCCAACUCGUACUACCACCCGGUGUUCGGCCGGCCCAUCAUCUCCCGGUACCGGGCCAACGCCUCACGCUCCGCCCUGAGGACCGGCGCCGGGGUCACCUUCAGAGAGUUUGUCCAGUACCUGUUGGAUGUGAGGCGGCCCGUGGGCAUGGACAUCCACUGGGAGCCGGUCAGCCAGCUUUGCAGCCCCUGCCUGCUGCGCAACGACUUCAUCGGGAAGUUCGAGAACCUGAAGGAGGAGGCCAACUUCCUGCUACGGAGCAUCGGGGCACCUAGAAACCUGACUUUCCCUGACUUUAAAGACAGGAACCCAAAGGCAGAAAGGACUUCCUCCUCCAUCACCCAGAGAUACUUUGAACAAUUGAACUCCACAGAAAGACAGAGGGCCUAUGACUUUUAUUACAUGGAUUAUCUGAUGUUUAACUACCCCAAGCCCUUUAAAGACCUGUACUGAGGUACUGGCUGGAUUGCCCGGUUGAGGUUAUUAAUAUGAACACUACGGAAGAGAUUAUUAUCCUGUGGGACUUGAAUAAGCACUACAGGCACAUUCAUGUCAAAUAUUAUUUUUACAGGUCUUAUUUACAAAUGGCUAAAAUAAUGAUUUAAUGUAAUUACUUUGGACAUAGAUUGUAGGCCUACAGCUUUUUUGUCAUAAAGCUUUGUAUAGUGUGUCAAAUGCAUUUGCAUUGAUUGGCAGACCAGUGACUUCUAUGAAGUGACCUGUACUUUGGGUAAAGAAUGAGUGAUCUGUUAUUGUUAUUAUUUUUCAGCCUUGUUUACGUGAAGGUAUACUUUUUGGUCCUCUUCAAUAAUGUGUAUUCUUAUUCUGCAGGCUAAGUUCAUGAAAAGAAGGGAAAGAGAGAGGCUAGGUAUACUCUCCCAGAGCAAAGGCUAGUGUUUGCAGAUACUGUAACGGAUUUCAUAGCUACUGCUUACUGAUGUGAAAUCAAAUGGAAUAUAAUUCAAUUUGAUUUCAAAACCACACUUGCUUUUAUUUAAUUUUUAUUUAACUAGGCAAGUCAGUUGAGAACCAAUUCUUAUUUACAAUGACUGCCUACCCCCCCCCCCCCCCAUCUAUAAAUCACACACUAUUUCUUCUUAAUUUGGGUCACGGGAGGACAGUCAAUUUAUAAUUUGGGUCUCGAGCUGAAAAUGUUUAAGAAUCUGUGAAUAGAGGAGGAAAUAGUGGCAUUACUAUAUAGUAUGUUGGUUCAUUGCAUAUAGCUUUCCAGAUGUAUCGGAGGUUAAAUUAUCUUUAAAUCUGUUGGCAAUUUAUAUUGAAACAUAUGAUUUUGUUUUGGGAUAAUUACAGUACCAGUCAAACGUUUGGACACACCUACUCAUUCAAAUAUAUUUUAGAUUCCUCCUUUCCUGUGGCGGUCCUCAUGAGAGCCAGUUUCAUCAUAGCGCUGAUGGUUUUUGCGACUGCACUUGAAGAAACUUUCAAAGUUCUUGAAAUUAUCCGGAUUGACUGACCAUAAAGUAAUGAUGGACUGUCAUUUCUAUUUGAGCUGUUCUUGCCAUAAUAUGGACUUGGUCUUUUACCAAAUAGGGCUAUCUUCUGUAUACCACCCCUACCUUGUCACAACACAACUGAAUGGCUCAAAUGCAUUAAGAACGAAAGAAAUUCCACAAAUUAACUUUUAACAAGGCACACCUGUUAAUUGAAAUGCAUUCCAGGUGACUACCUCAUGAAGCUAGUUGAGAGAAUGCCAAGCAUGUGCAUAGCUGUCAUCAAGGCAAAGGGUGGCUACUUUGAACAAUUUCUAAUAUAAAAUAUAUUUUGAUUUGUUUAACACCUUUUUGGUUACUACAUGAUUCCAUAUUUCAUUGUUUUGAUGUCAUCACUAUUAUUCUACAAUGUAGAAAAUAGUACAAAAAUUAAGAAAAACCCUUGAAUGAGUAGGUGCGUCCACAUUUUUGACUGGUACUGAAUAUGGGCCUAAUGUUAUAAUACAAAUGAUUACACUGUAAAAGAGAAUGUACAAAAUUGUUCUACAUGUCUGUGCAGAAGUGUUCCAUCUACAAACGUGAUUUCAAUCCCCUAGCCUUAACACUGCCACUUUUCAUUUGUUUGGGUUUUCA